AGGAGCCGGAUCAAGAUGGCGCUGCGUCCAGGCGGUGGCGGUGGUGGCAGUAGCAGCAGCGGCGGCGGCAAUGGCAGCGGCUUCAUGUUCCCAGUAUCAGGGGGAUUAGUUCCUCCCCAAGGAAUGAUGUCAAUGCAACAGCAGCAGCAAUCACAGGGAUUCCCUAUGGUACCUGUGAUGCAGCCCAACAUACAAGGCAUGAUGGGAAUGAAUUUUGGUUCACAGAUGCCUCCGGGCGCAAUACCCAUGCAGAGUGGAAUGGCAAUGGGACCAAUGCCGCCAGCUGGAAUAUCAUUUAUGCCGCAGCAUCAUUACAUGGGGAUGCGUCCUUCUCCUCCACAAUACACACCAGAUAUGCAAAAGCAGUUUGCUGAAGAGCAGCAGAAACGAUUUGAACAACAGCAAAGGAUGAUGGAAGAGGAGCGAAAGCGACGACAGUUUGAAGAACAGAAACAAAAGUUGCGUCUUCUGAGCAGUGUAAAGCCGAAGCUUGGGGAAAAGAACCGGGAUGAUGCCUUGGAAGCCAUUAAAGGAAAUCUUGCUGGAUUCACAAGGGAUGCAAAGUUGCAUCCAGGCCCUACUUCACUUCCUAAUAAAUCAGAUGCUCCCCAGUCAUCCCUAUCAGCUGCCCCUCCUUCCCAAUCCCCUGCUUUUCCUGAUGAUGAAGAAUUCAGUGACUUUAUUCAAGGACCUGAAUCUGCCGCACCUGCGGCUCCCACCAGUUUCCAGUCCUUCCAACCCUUCCACCCCACAUUACAGUCUGGGCUGCAGUCUGAGCAGGCUGCAGUUCCAGCGCAGCCUGUUACUUCAGCCCAUCCCUCAGCUGCAGUUUCAUUGUAUGCUACAGCAGGGCAUUCAGGAAAAAACAGCCAAGGCCCUUCAUUGGAGGAGAAAAUGUUUGCUUCCUGUGAUCUCAGCAUGCCUAAGCAGGCAAAUGUUAAAUUUAACCAGUCUCAACCCUUGGCUGACAUUGGGUCUAAAGCCUCAGUCUCAACUCAGUUUCAGCCCAGUGCCAAGGCCUGUAACUGGGCCAUCCAAACUGAAAACCUCGCUGGUGUAUUCACAACAAACAGGCCAAAGGAUCCCGAACCAGAGACAGCUGCCAAAGAGAGUGGUGUAGGAGUGUACCCGACACAGGAAACAAUUCAGCCAAUGUUACCACCUUGGCUUUUCAAUGACAGUCUUGUCCCAGAACUCUACAAGAAAGUUCUAGAAGCUACUCUUACUCCAGCGGGCAUUGAUACAGCAAAGCUUUACCCAAUACUUCUCUCGUCUGGAUUACCAAGGGAGAUGCUGGGUCAGAUAUGGGCUUUUGCCAAUCGCGCAACGCCAGGCAAACUUACGAAAGAGGAGCUGUACACUGUAUUGGCUAUGAUAGCUAUGUCGCAGAGAGGCAUACCUGCACUGAAUCUUGAAAAUCUCAACCAGUUUCCAUCUGCUCCAAUUCCUACGUUAAGUGGGACUGCAUUGACUUUGCCUACUUCAGUGCCACAGCAACCUAUGAUGUCAGUGCCAGCUGGUGGAAAUGUAUCUAUGCCUGUUCAUCCAGGCCAGUCUGCGGUCAGAAUGAAUCUUCCUGUACCAGUAGGUGGCAGUACGACUCAAGUUUCCAGUGGCUUUGUGACUUCUUUCCCUGGCAGCCAGCCUGCAAAAUCUGACGAUGAUGAUUUCCAGGAGUUUCAGGAGGCUCCCAAGCCUAACACAGCUGAUGACUCAUUCAAGGGAUUCAAGAACGAAACCUCUGGAAGUUUAUCAAAAACUGCAACCUCACAGAGCACAAUCAGCACACAUACAUUACUUACUCCAAUUUCAGGAACUUCUGCACCACCUUCAGUGGACAAAUAUGCUGUCUUUAAGGACUUGACAGAAGACAAGCCUGCAGAAAGUUCUUCUUUUGCAGAUUUUGGUGACAAAUACAGUGUUUUUCGUGAACUUGGCCAGAGCGCAGAGAAUAAAUCCUCAGGGGAGGGCUUUGCAGAAUUCAAAUCACCAGGAAAUGAUGAUGGAUUCACAGACUUCAAAACUGCAGACAGCAUUUCACCAGUAGAUUCAUCAGAGCAAGCAAAGACGUUCUCAACGACAUUUCCUUCGGUGCCAUAUCUUCAACCGCAACCAGUAACACAGCCUAAAGACUCUUUCAAUCUCACGGACCUUUUUACUUCUGUCAGUAAUACUGGAGAGAGCAGUUCUAUGUCAUUUCCACCAGUUUUUGUGACAUCAUCCAUUUCCUCAUCUGUAUGUGUUACAUCUUCAUUGUCAUCACUAUCAUCUGGUACUUUUUCCACAGCCAGUAGCAAAACUGCUGGUGGAACUGAUGACUUUGGGGACUUCAGUCUUUUUGGUGUAGCAGCCAGCAGUACUUCAGGUGGGGGAUGGGGUCAGGAUGAAUUUGCAGAUUUUAUAGCUUUUGGCAGCUCCAACACCACUGGAUCCUCUGAACAAAAGUCAAAUGAUAAAUAUAGUGUUUUCAGGCAGGAGAAGAAUGAUGGCUUCACAGCAUCUUUUGAUGCCUCACUUGGCACAGCAGAAGGUGGACAACAACCUUCAACCACUGCUGUAGACAAAUAUGAUGUCUUUAAACAGAUACCUGAGGAAGGGUCCAUAAUGGGCUUUGAGGAACAAAAAGACAAUUCCUCCCUUUCCCAAGAAAAGAAUGAGGAUGACUUCCCAGUUACCAAGCUGUCCCUUGCAUUCAGCACCUCGGACAAGGCUUUCGUAGAUAAACUCUCUGCUUUUAAACAGGCAAAAGAAGACUCUGCCUCAGUGAAAUCUUUGGACCUUCCUUCAAUUGGUGGGAGUAGUAUUGGUAAAGAGGACUCAGAAGAUGCCUUAUCCGGUCAGUUUGACAUGAAGUCAGCUGAGGUUGGUGGUGAUUUGAAGCAUGUGUUGUCUGACAGCUCGCUGGAUUUACCACCUGUCAUUGGUCAGCCGCCUCCAGUUACAGAUAUGGAUGACUUUAAAUUUGACCCCUUUGGUAACUUCAGUAACGGUUCUGCAGUGAGCAGUUUAACGAGUUACGAUUGGUCUGAGAAAGAUGAUUUUGGCACCCAGAUGAAGAAGCAGCCGCCGUUCUUCCUCAACACAGAAGGCAGCUCCUUAUCCUCUACUUCAAUGCUUCAGAAGAAAGAGACCUCUUUUGGCAGCUCCGAGAACAUCACUAUGACAACUGUCUCCACGGUAACAACAUUCUCAGUUGAUGAUACAAGUUCACAGUACAACUUUGAUGCUUUUGGAGACCUCAAAGAAUCUGCAGAACAGACUAAAGAGAAAAAAGGAGGUGGCAGCGAUUUGGGAGACUUUGCAGUUACUUCAUCCAGAGAGGGACAGAUAGCUAAGCCUAAUGAAUCAAACCUGGAUGAACCUGAGCAAAAAGCUGCAGUUUCAGUCACAAAUGGGGUAUCCUCUGACGGGACAAAAAUUGAAGCUUUUGAUGAAUUUGGAGAAUUCCAAAGUGAAAAGCCCAAAAUUAGUAAAUUUGAUUUUCUUGUGGCUAGUUCCCAGGGCAAGGUGAAAUCCAGUGAGGAGAUGAUCAAGAGUGAGAUGGAAACCUUUGAUCUUUCAGUGCAAGGAUCUCAUAAAAGGAGUCUAAGUCUUGGGGAUAAAGAAGUAACCCAUGCUCCACCAGCUUCAGAGCAGCCUUUCAGAGACCGAUCAAAUACUCUAAAUGAAAAGCCAGCACCACUGCCUGUUAUCAGGGACAAGUAUAAGGACCUAACUGGAGAAGUGGAGGAGAAUGAGCGCUAUGCUUAUGAAUGGCAAAGAUGUUUAGAAAGUGCAUUACAGGUCAUGAGGAAGGCUAGUGAUACCUUGAAUGGAAUCAGCAGUUCAACCGUGUGUAAUGAAGUUAUCCAGUCAACACAAGGCAUGGAAUAUCUCUUGGGGGUGAUAGAGGUGUAUAGAGUAACCAAACGUGUUGAGAUUGGAAUUAAAGCAACAGCAGUAUGCAAUGAGAAGCUCCAGCAGCUGAUGAAAGAAAUAGAGAAGAUCUGGAGUAGCUUGAUGAUAUUCAUGUCUCUCACACCCCUCACGAAGCCUGAUGAGAACUCGCUGGAUUUCUCCUCCUGUAUUCUACGUCCUGGGAUUAAAAAUGCAAAAGAUCUAGCCUGUGGAGUGUGUCUGCUUAAUGUUGAUUCUAGAAGCAAGGAGGAAGAAAACUUGGAGGAUCAUCCUAAACAAGCCUUCAACUCUGAGAGUGACAAUUUUAAGUUGUCUUAUGGUGGUCACCAGUAUCAUGCCAGCUGUGCCAAUUUCUGGAUUAACUGUGUGGAGCCUAAACCACCAGGUCUCAUCCUACCAGACCUGCUCUGACCUAUCUUCAUAGGAAUUGAAGGAUAUCAAAUUUAACUUGUCUAUUGCUUGCACUUCACUGACAUUUCACAAAAAUUGGAGGAUGUAGCCCAUAACAAAAAUCAACUUGCAACUUUUAUUUUUUUAAAGUAUAUUUAAUAUGCAUCAAAGUUGUUUUGAAGUUAUUUACACAAGUUACUAUCUUAAAAAAGCUAAAGUUACAUGAUUGCUGAAAGGUUCUCCUUCCAAAAAAUAUGCAGCAGCACUUCAGAUUCAAAUGGACCUAAUGCUUAUCUGUCUGUCCCUAGCGACUUGAAGUCAUGGGUAAAAUUGGUUUAAAUGUUACAGGAUUUUAAAUGAGCAGCCUUACUGGGAAGAAUUAACCUCACUUUGAUUUUUUUAAUUCUGUGAAAGGAUACUAAAAGUCUUUAUUUUAAAUAAUCUGAUUGUCUGAUAGUUAAAUAAGUAAUGUCUUACUUCACAUCAUUCAGAUGUCCUUAACUUUCAGUAGCUCUUAGCAACAAUUGAAUUAACUGGAUGAUGGAGGUUAAGUGCUUCCUAAAUUAAGGAGGCAAGGAGAGGCCCGAAAUAUAUAAUGCACAGGUGGGCAUAGAAUUGCACUAAUGUCAAAACCUCAUAUGGAUUAGUUUCCUCACUUUCCUUGAAUUCCUGGCAGAAUGGAGGUGAAAACUUAAAAACAAUUUACUGAACACAUCCAGCAGAGUGGAACCAACAGGUUAUUGUACAUAAUCUGUCACCUGAUGGGACCAAUGACCUUCAUAAUGUGAAAGCUCUUAGAAUCUGACAAAUCUAGUUAAUCGUUGUGUGAAUUUUAAAGAUCUCCCUAAUUGAUCACAUAGAGCAAGAUCUUGUAAACUGCAUUUGUUUAUUUUCUAAUAUGUGUUUGUCUAGGGUGUCAAAUGCAACCACAGUUCAGCUCGUUUCAUUUAAACACUGAGCUAAAUUUGAAACAAUGGGUUAUCAAAGUCAUAUUCUGUGGGGGUAACUUUGUUAAUGGCCUUUGGUGUGAACUGGAUCAGAUGCGACUGGCCGCCUUUUAUACAUUUCUCCUGAUGAGACAUGGCUAGCGCGCAGCCAAAUUGAUAUUGUCUGUUUUACACCAUCACUCACAACCAGAAGUUUUCCAUGCACAGGCUUUUUAAUGAAUAUAUCACCAAAGUAAAUUGCCGAAGUACAGCACUAAAAUUGUAUUUGGGAAGGCAUUGAGGCAAUGUUGUCCUUUUUGUAGGUUUCUCUUGGUCAGUUAAAUGUUUAUCUAGAUCACAUGCAGUUAAGAUAUCAUACUGAAACACCCCAGUUUCCUUGGGAAAAAUUCAGUGUUCUAGUGCAAUGUACAAAUUGAUUUGAAUUUUUGUUAGGUACAGUUCAGUACUGCUUGGUUAAACAUUUAUAUUUAUUUAUAUAUCUACAUGUAAAAUAUCAUUAAAACUGUGCUUUUUUUCCUUCCCCUUUUAGAAUAGAUUUUACACUUGUCAUUUAUGUCUGUUCAGUGAUCAGCUAGCAAAGAGCAUGCUCAUAAUGGUGCAGUUUAUGAUGCACCUUAUUAAAAUGUGGACUGCAUCAGCCAAGUGUUCCACUACCUCUGAAAAUGCUGCAUUGGUUUUGAUCGCUGGUAUAUUUAAUGGGAUAAUGCCAUUCAAUAGAAUUUGGUGUUUGAUUGUGCUUGCUGGGGGGCGCUGCAUGGUUAGAUUCUUCUCAUUGAAUGACCAUUACAAGCUUAAAUUCUUGCAGCAGAACUUCGGUUUUAUAAUAAAAUGUCUACUUCAGGAAACAGUUUAAAUUUUCUAAAUUUGCUGCUGAAAUCACAGAAAUAGAGUACAUUGAACUUUAGUCAGAACUGAGCCAGGUGCAGUGAAAAUAAUAUUGAUCACUGUACAAUAAAUUCUUUGAAGGUUGCAAAAAAAUGCUCUCCAUUAUCGUGUUAUUUUAACGUUUCAAGGGCUCACCUCUGAUUUUGGAGAUGGAAACCUUUGCUAAUGUGAAGGAAUGAAUAUGUGUGGAAUAUUUGAGAUGAACUUCACUAUUAUGAAUGUUAAAUGGACAGUUUGGAAGAAGAAACUCCAGGCAGUAUUUGCAUUAUCUGCCUGGUCUUUUAAAUGAUUUGACUCCAUUUUCUAGUCUGUAGUGUUUAAAUGAAGUACAGAAGCAAACUCUGUGAGGACUUGGGGUGGGGGAUGAUGCAUCUUUUGAUUUAUUAUAUAUACAAGGUGAGCAGUCUUAACUGUAAUUGCAUUUUAAUAUCAAUUUUAUCCGUGUUAACAUGCUGUGACAAUUGUUUUCCAAGUGGUAUUUGUAAUCAUGGGAUGGGCGGGGAAGGGAGGGGGAGCGGUUUCUAGACUGGCUUUGCCUUGAAUGAAUUUUGUUUUAUUUGACUGUCAUUUUGCUGAUUACUGAUACUGGCGUAAAACACUUUAUUUCUCACGUUGAAUGAGUAUAAUAGCGUAACUGAAAGUUUUAAAUGCAUCACCAGUCGCAAUAUUGUAUUGCACCUUAAACCUUGCGGCUCGAGUUUUUGCAGGUGAAAUGUAUGUGUCACAUACUGGCUACUUCUUUUCGCAUGCAUUUCUAAUAAUGGAAAUUGUUUUUUGUUUUGGCAUGCUUUCUAAAUUAUAAUUGUAAAUAAAGAAUGUAGGAUGAAAGUGUGUUUAUAAUCAUGUUAAUUAUCAAAGGUCUUUGACAAUGGACUUUUUAAAAAAAAAAAUUAGUUAAGGUAAUGACUGGAACAGUCUUUCAUUGGCAAUUUAGUCUAAUUGGAUGGCAUUUCUCAGCACCAGAUUUAACAUCAGAUUGGGUUCCUUCUCAUUGCCAAGAACUCGUGUCCUAGGUUACUGUAUCCAAGGUGAUGUUUCUGUUGCUGUGGAAACCUUGUGCAUUGUUACAGAAUGUGCAGCAGGUUUCAUCCACUUGUGGAAACAUUAAUGCUUCCUAUGUUUGGAGUUUCAAAAAUUUUAGUUGAAAUUAUGCUUCAGUAAAUUAAUUGGAAAAUCUCGAUUGUCCCCAUCAAGGAUGGAACCAAACACAAACUGUAUACAUUGAAAACUUUCACAACAGCACUUCAAAAGUCCAAACCCACACCUUUGAAAAUUUAGUGUUCCCUUUUUACUGGAAGGUUUAGAUCCAUAAGUCAACUCUGAGAAAAAGCUAUUAAUUCUUUUAUGAACCCUUGUCUUUCACAGAAUUUUGACAUUUGCAAUUAAAAUACAUUUAAAAUUUGAUACAUUGAAAUUCUUAAGAAUGUAGAACGCACAGGACCAUAAAAAUGUAUUGUGGUGUACACACAUCUGGGAAUUAUCAGAUCCCGCAAUUGUUUGUAAGAAUCUGAAGGUUAGAUUGACAGUAAGUCAAAAAAAAGUGAUAUUAAAGCUGUGGUAGCAUAAACUUUGUGUUUGAAAAGCUUACCUAUAUUCUUCCCUUCAUAUCUUACUGUUUUCCAAGCAACGCUUUGCUGUGCUUGAGUGGGCAGGAUUCUAAUCUUCGCUGUCUACCAAUGUUGCUAUUGCUAUGAAUCAGCAGAACCAAACUGAAUCCUUUUGCACUUUUGUCUGAAAGUGAAAACAGCUGAUUUUGGGAAUGGGAAAUUGGACAUAACAUAAGAACAAAGAAUAGACAAUUUUGCAUUUUUACUGUGGACUUCAAUCAAAAUAAUUUUAACAUUAGUUGAUCUGUUCUGUCCACAGAUACAGUCUGAUCUGCAGUGUUUCUGUCACUUUCUGUUUUUUUUUUGUUUUCCUAGAUCUGGAGGAUUGCAUUUCCAGAUUCUGCUAAAUUGGCCUCAUGUCUCUGAAUUAAGGAGAGAAAACUUAGUUUCCAUUCCGGAUCUCCAUGAUGAGUACUAAAAUUGAUGAGGUAGUUACUGAUUAGAUGAUGCUUGGCUGUGAAGUCUUCUGUUUUCAGAAAUCCUGCUGCAUUCUUUUAGGGGCAUGCACACAGAUAAUGGUUAGUUAGAAGAGGUGCUUGAAAUUCAUGAUCUGUUGGGUCUAUGCCAGCUCUCCCAAUGAGCAAUACACGUCAUGCAGCACCCCUGUCUUCUCCCUGUAACCCUGCACAUAUUUCAUAUUCAGAUCGUAAUCCAAUUCCCUCCUGAAGGUUUUGAUUGAAUCUACUUUUACCAUACACUUACGCAGCAUAUGUCAGAUCCUAAGUGCUUACAGUUUGAAAUUUCUUUUUCUCAUAUCUCCAUUGCUAUUUUUAACUUAAGUCUGAGUCCUCUCGAACUCAAUUCUUCCAUCAAUCAGAAUGGUUUUUUCCCUGUCUAUUGUCUAAACUCUUAAUUUGAAUACCUCUAUCAAAUUUCCUCUCAAAUUUUCUUUUUCAAGGAAAAUAAUCUGUCAAAUAAAAACCUAUCUGAAGUUCUGCAACUUUCAUUUGAACUCCAACGUCAAUGAAUACUAUGGGGGGAGGGGGGGAAAGAGUUCCAGAUUCACAAUACUCUUUGUGGGAAAAACUGCUUCCUUACUCUACCACUGAAUGGUCCGGCUCUAAUUUUAGGGUUAAGCCCCCUGUCUUCUGGGUUCCUUCAGAGAAAAUAGUAUCUUUCGUGCUACCUUUUCAAAGUCUUUAGUCAUUUUGAAUGCCUCAUUAAGAUCACCCCAUAAUCUUUUAUGGAAGCCUUGUUUACACAGCAAUCAUAAUUUAACUGCUUAACCCCAGGUUAGAAGUCAUAGAGGUUUACAGUGUGGAAACAGACCCGUUGACCCAACUUGUCCAUAUCACUCAGUUUUCACAAUUAAACUAGUCCCAUUUCCGUGCAUUUGGUCUAUAUCUUUCCAUGCCUAUCCCAUCCAUGUGCCUGUCUGAACGGUAUCAUUCUGAUGAACUGGCAUGUAAUCCUCCCAAGGUCAGUCUAUCCCCUGACAUGUACUCCAAAAGCAAAUUUUCACCCUGAUCAGUAGGAGGGGAAGCUGAAGUUGGCUGCACCACCCAGUCUGAGGAGGAGAAAAUCAGUCAGGGAUCCUGUUCUUGCUGAAUACCUUAACAGUUCCCGUUCGGUUGAACAUUGUAGGUGUGGAUUGCCGAAGACCUAGUAGCCUGCUAAAGGUCACUUCUAAACUCAUGUAACUGGCAACUACUUGGAUGUUGUGGAGUGGCUGGCAUUACUUUUUCCGAGCAAGACGUAGGUGCUGCCAUAAUUGGAAUGGUGGCAAAGAGAAUUAGUAUUAAAAAUACCCCUCCCCAUUGAUAUGGUUUUUAACUAAGUGGACAAUUGUAAUCCAACUGUGGCGAAUGAGAACUUGAAUUCAGCUCAAAAACCAAUCUGGAAAUACUAAAGAGCUGAUCUAUGUAAAAAAUUAUCAUUAUUGGAUUGUUAUUAAAAUCCAUAUGAUUUAUUAUAACCUAUAGUGAAGGAACUCUAUCAUUGUCUGACCCACAUAUGAUUUCAGGCCAAACUGGCUGACUCUUAACUGUGCUGUGAAAUAUUUGGCAAACCCUUCAAGGCAGCUAAGGCAAGACAAUGAAUACCAGAGGCAUCACACCCAAAGGAUAAAUGAUUUUAACAAGAAGAAUUCAAAUACACCUACAUACUGUUGAUCUUUGAAUGUAACUGUUAGUUCUGAUGAAGUCACUAGACUCAGAAUGGUUAACUCUGUUUACUCCCUGCAACUAUUGUCAGAUGUGCUGAUUUUCGCCAGCAAUUGUUUCAGAUUUCCAGCAUCUGCAGUUCUUUAUUUUGCUAACAUAUAGAAUUUUAUACUUGGUACCUCAAAGUGCCCCCUUGCAUUGUUGUUGCAUUCCUCUAGUUGUCCAGAAUUUUUCAAAAGUUAAAUUUGUUAUAAUUUAACAAGGUGACAUUUGUGCUUUGCAAGAACAUUGGCAGGUGUAUCAAAUUACUAUGUACCUGAUUUUUCAAAAUUAUUCUAUUGGUAGCGUAAAUCUUGCUUAAAUUAGUAAAAUUAGAUUGCAGGAACCAGGUGUAAGCUGCAGUAAAUGCUGCUUGACUCAUUGCAAAUAUAUAGCUGACUGUUGAUUUAUGGUUGUGGUAAUGAAUGCUGGAUUCACAAAUCAGAAUUAUUCAGGUAGAAAUUAAGGCACUUGUUUUAGGAUAAUCCCUGUGACUGAAUGUUGAGACCUUAGGCACUUCUGAUGUUGGACCUAACCGUUGGACAAGUGAUCAGGCUGGAAAUCAUCAGUUCUGGAGGGUGUUCAAGACGACUGGGUAGAUAGGCUACCGCUGCCUGGGUGAAGGUGGCAGUGGUCAGGAGAAUGGGCGUCAAUCUUUAGGGACACCAAACAGUGGAUCAGGACAGAAGUUGUGAUGACUGGAGUAGAACAAUCUAGCUAGAGCAAUUAGUAGUUGGGAGAGUAAUAGCUAGGUUUUGGGAUUUGUAUAUGGGGGGGGGGGGGUGGUGUGGUGGGAGUAAUCAGUAGCUGGUUGGGAGAAUUAAAGACACUUUCAAGGAAAAGGAAUGCAAAUAACUGCACAUUUACUCAUGAGUGGCACAGAGGUCAUGUCUCUACCCUGGGUCUGAAGGUGUGUCCUAACAUCUGGACAGAUUGAUUAAAAAUAUCUAUAAUUCAACCAGUAAAUAUGAUGGGCAAUGAAUUCAUACAGUAUGUUCCUAAUCUCAUGGAUGGGAACAGCAAAUGAAGAGCUUUCCAAGGAUAGUGUGUGUUAAAUGGCGGUCCAGAUGGAGAUCACCUACUUCAGCUUGGUGGAGAGUGAGCUGAUAUUUAUGGGUGAGUUAUCUUCAGAUUAUACAUUUGUUGAUUGCACUGUGGGAAGCAGAAACAUUGAUACUGCUAUCAAACUAAACAUAGUAAUAAAGGUACAAUAUAUAUUGAUUGUAACUACUGAAUAAAGGUUCCUGUUUUGCUGGACAAAACUUGAAUCUAAUGUGAAAAUGUAUUUGUAAUGAUGCAAAGUUGUACCUUCUCUGGUAUACUGGAAUGUUAAUGCAGUGAACAUUCAGGUGUUCUAUAUUAAAUUAACAUGGCAAGCUUCUACUUGGCAAAUGAAUGUUCUUAACCAUUUGAUAGAUCUUUGUCACAUGCUCCAUUCGUAGUGAGGCUUUAGAGUGUCUUUGAACCAUGUGGCAAAAUAUUGAAUGCUCGUUUGUAAUCAGAACCCAAUGACAUUGGUUGCACUCUUGUAAUCCACUGAGAAGUAUUUAUAGUAAACAUAAACACAAGGCAGUGUCAUUUUUUUCAUUUCCAUUGUUUGUUUUGAUGAAAAUACUUGCUUGCUUUCUAAUACCUCAUGAUGCAGCAUCUCAGUCUAAGUUUGUGCAAUGUUUCAAGGUUACUUUAGGCAGUUCAUUUAGAGAAAAUGCACCAUACAAUGUAUUAAUGUUGCUCCAGGUCGUCAUCAAUGCUAUCUCAAUAUUGUCUGUGUGUGACCACAAUGCUUGCUGUUGUAAAUAUGCACUAACGUGAAUUAAGUGUAACAUUAGUUCUUGAGUAAAGUUUGUGUGUACUAUUAGAGCAGACAGGAAAAAUGUGUUCUGUACAGACCAGUUCAGAGACACUUUAAUCCUUAAUACUAACUGAUCAUUGUGCUAAUCCCAAAAUCAUUUUUUUCAUUGCUAAUGACAAGUUAUGUUGAACCCAUUUGAAGUGUGCAACAAAAUUGAUGUUUGGUCUUUUGUGUAUGUAUAGUAUAUUUUGUUUUCUUGUGUGUCUACAAAUUAAAUAGCAAUCUUAAAA